AAAAUUUGUAUUUUUACUUAAUACAUUUUUUACAUUUGGUCCUUCGAGCCGGAUCAGUCCCGUGGCCAGGUUCACUGUUCGUGAAAAAAGCGUCAAUCUCGGCUUUGACAGAGAUUGAAUUAGCAACAGCUAAUUAUAAAUUUAAUAUAUGUGAAAAGUAUAUUAAAUAAUAAAUAAAAAGAAUAUAAAAAAGAAGUAUACAAUAUGUCGACAACAAUAGAAGAAGACCUAGAAACUAGGCUACGAAAGUACAUGGAAUCCAUGAUAAUCUCCAUUAAAGAAACGAUGAGAGAUAAGUUAAAAAGAGCUCUAAGAGAGCCUGAAAAUGAUCAAAAAGAGCAAGAAGCUUCAAGAGAGCUAGAGGAUGCUCCAAAGAAGGACAAGGCGCCAAAGGAGGUUCCAAGAGAACCAGUAAAAACUCCACGAGAGUUUAAGGUGACUCCACGAGAGUCAAAAAAUUAUUCAAGAGAGCAUAAAAUCUCUGUAAAAAAUGAGAUAAUGAAAGCUCCACGAGAGCUGGAAAUGGCAUCAAUGCCAGAACAGGGUUCAAGAAACCAGGAAAAAACUCCACGUGAGUUAAAAGGUGCUCCAAGGGAGCAUAAUGAAGACUGUUGCGAUAAAAAGAAGGAGAUAACGGAAAAUUAUGAUAAUGAUCAGACGGUGGUUGCCGUUAAAGAAGAUUAUCUGCAUGAGGAAGAUACUAAUUCUAAAAAACAAAAAGAAGAGAAUAAACAAAACACAGAAGUGUUUAAAAAGAUAACAAAGAGAACAAAUUUUGGGAGAUUGAAAAGAAAAUGGGAAGAUCAAGAGAAGGUAUAA